UCUAUCUAUCUAAAGGCCACAUUUCUAAUAAGUAGAAAAAACUAACGGCCAGUUCUAUACUCCCAACUCAGGGAAUGAAGGUUACAUCCAUAACCGAGACAUUUUACUGCCAUAAAAGUAACUGUCGGAAUUUUAUUAUAAUUAUAAAUUUGGGAAGGAGGUUGAGCUGGUCAUUUCAGAUUAGAGGAGUGCACUGAAAACAGCAGAUGGACAUGUCUAAUUAUGAAGACAAAGGGGCAAACAAAGGGGAGCCUCUUGAAGUCUCUAAAAUCAACAUCUCUGCCCAAAGUGGAAGCAAUGUUUCAGCACCUCUCAUAUUAAACUCAACAGUCACAGGAAAUAUUAAUAUUUCUAAUUACUUUCCAGCUGUAGGGCCUGCAGCUGAAAUCACAGAUACAAGCUCAUUGAUCACAGAAUACAAGGAGUCCCUACUGUCCGAAUAUGCCUACAUCACAGAAUACACUUCCCGUGCGGGUGAACAGGUGCUGCUUAAUGACCGCUACAUUGAUCCGCUGAUAGUUCAGAAACACCGAGAAAAGAAAGAGCGAGAGAAUGAGAUGCGCUCUAGAGGGGAACGAUUCUUCAACACAAGAGAAAGUAACCAGAGAAACAAAAACAUCAGCCUUGAUAGGCUGUUCGGUCCAGAGAACGGCCCCAAAAAAGUGACUCCAAGAGCUGUGAUUCUCCAAGGGGAUUCUGGAAGUGGGAAAUCAAUCACUGCACAAAAGAUCCUUCUGGACUGGGCCUCUGGAGAGCUCUACGCUGGACUCUUCGAUGUCGUGUUUCAUCUAAGAUGUAAAGAGCUCAGCUGUCUCUCAGGAGAAAUGAGCUUGGUGGAUCUCCUUAACUGCAGUUUAACUCCUAUUGAAAUUGGUCAGAUAUUAAAAGACAUCCCACAGAGGAUCUUGUUCAUCAUUGACGGUUUUGAUGAACUCAUGCUGCCAACAUCCAAAGAGGCAUUGCCAUCAAAACCAGUCAUCAAAUCGCACCCAUUGGCCAUUGUUUGCUCUCUUCUGAAAGGACGUAUGAUGAGAGAGUCCUUCCUGCUGGUGACUACAAGAUCGAACGCUGUUGACAAACUGGAGAGCAUUCUGAAAAAGCCUCAAUGCUUCAUGGAGAUCAUGGGAUUUUCAGAAAAAGGAGUGAGUGAAUACUUCCAGAGGUUCUUUGAGGACGAAGAGUUUUCAAGUCAAGUGUGUGAGCAGGUGAAGAGACAAGAGCUGCUCUACACCGCUUGCUUCAUCCCAGUCAUCUGCUGGAUCGUCUGCACAAUUUUCAAAAGAAAAGGAAAAGAUGGUGUUGAUACUAGCGAGUUGACGACAACCACGUCUAUAUUCGUCGAUUUUGUCUUCACUCUCUUGAAGCAUCACAGUAGUUCGAGUCAGCAUGAAGUGCUCGACCUCCUCAAGAACCUGGGGCAGCUAGCCGAGAGUGGAUUGUCAAAACGCCAAGUCCUGUUUCCCAGAAACGAUCUUCCAAAAGCAAUCUCUGAAUUACCCAACAUUCCCUUCCUAUGCACAUUCCGCCAGCAAGAGAGAACUAAUCUGAAGGAGAUGUUUGGUUUCAUGCACCUCAGCUUUCAGGAGUUCUUCACCGCUCUGUUCUAUGUGUUAACAGAUGAGGCGGAUGCAAAAAUAAAAAUCAAGGAGCUAUUGGAAGCAGCAAGCAACGGGAGGCGCAAUGAGCAUCUCUUCCCUGUAAUCCGGUUCCUUUUUGGUCUCUCAAACAAGAAAGUUAGCCGUUUAAUCCUCGGGGGAAAUCCACGGUCAACGUCUACCGUUAUUCGCUCCCAGUUGGAAAAAUGGAUCAGCAGAGUUAUAGAGAAGAAAUCCAUGACCACAAUGUUCAUGAGUGAUUUCUUUCUUCAUUGCUUGUAUGAGCUUCAUGAUAGGGACAUACUGAAGAACGUUAUGACGCGGUGGGAACGCAUUGGCAUUGACAUACACUGGUCUUUGAAGGGGAUCGACUGUCAGGUUGUGAUGUACUGCCUCAAGUAUUCUUCACGCAUUAUCAGUAUGAAUGUCAAGUGCAAUGCAAAAGAUCUAAAGAUGCUUCAUCAUGUACUCUGCAGGUGCACAUCUUUAUGGCUGGAUUUUGAUUCCUUAUCUGACUCCGAUGUUAACCACCUGACAUCAGCCCUGGGGAGGAGAAAGAACGUGGACAAUUUGAACAUGGAGGAUGGAGCCCUAUCAGAUGAAAGUGUACAGAAGAUCCUGAAAACGCUUAGUGGGCAAACAUCAGUGGGUAACAUUCGACUGGUGUUGAAGAGCAUCAGCGACACAAAUGUUGAUAUGACCAUGAACUUUCUUGUACAAGAGAUGAUGGAUAGAAGAUUCAGCGUUUGCAUUGCCAGUCAAGCAGAAACCAUACAAAACAGUCUUUGCUCAGAGUUCACCAUGGCAAGCAAAAAUAAUUCUGUCUGGUUUACUGUUGGGCAUUCAGAAGGGCAUAAGGGUGAAAUCUCAGAAAAGCUUGGUCUUUCUUAUUAUCAAGGGUUUUCCAAAAUAUCCUUCGCGCUCUGUCCUUUCUCUGUAAUACCCAUGACUGAAUUCUUCAAGUCAUCCCAUAACCUCAGAUGCUUCUCAGAGUUGAAAAACAGAGAGUUUGGUGUGAAUGUGGAUGCACUGCUGUCUUUCAUAAGUUGUGUUCCUGGAUUAACUGAGCUGGACUUACGAGCAGAGUACCUGACAGAUAUUUGGACCUCCAGAAUUCUGUGCUACCUUCAAGUCAAUCCUAAGAUUUCUCACAUAAAUUUUCAUGUGAGCAACCUCAUGAUUAGUGAUGACGAAAGGGUCUGUUCGACAUUUUCGGUCUUUAGAAAGCCAUUUGAACCGUACAAGAUGCAUGAAAGUGAAUGGAAAAAUCCAUCAUUGACUCUUGCAAUGGACAGAUGGGCGCAUGAUAUUGCAUAUGGUAGCAGUGGAGAGCUGGCACAUUCCCAUUGUCUGGACAAACCGGCACUGGUGAAGCUCACGCUCAGUUUCCCUCCUCUUAAAGGGUCUAGUGUCAUUUGGGAGGUUCUUUUCAAAAGGCUUUACAAUGUCAUUCAACUGACAGAACAAUGCCCAGAUUUGGAUGAGCAUACAGAUUCUCUGCUGCUGUUUCUUCACUCUGUUCCUGGUCUGAAGGAGGUUAAAGUUUGGCUAAACAACCUGAUUGAGAGCUGGGCGGCUGGUCUGUUCACACUCUUCCUGUCUUGUUCCAGCUUACUUCACUUGCAACUGAAUACCAGUAUGUCUCCUGUAAGUGAUAUGGAGAGUCUGGGUGUGUUGAGAGAAGAAGGAGUGAGGCUCUCGGUCGGCUGUAACCAUCUGAAAUAUAUAGAUGAUGACUGCUGUGGUAUCGACCUCUUUAAACCUCCAGAGCACACAGUGGUUCCCUGCAUCACCAUCGCAGUGACAGACGACUCUGAGAACGCAAAUACUGACUGGAGGAGAUUCUUUCAGGCCUACAACCAGCUGAAAGACUUGACUGAGUGUUCUUCAGAGUAUGAUGAGAGUGUGUGUGAUCUACUCUCUGCCCUGCACUCGGCCUCUGGUCUGAAGAAGGUUGAUCUUUUCUUCAGAUUCAUGACUGUGGAUGGAGCGUCCAGAGUCCUGGAUCUCAUUCAGAUGAAAUCCAGUCUGAGCGAAUUAACUUUUUUGGCAGAUGAGCGGCCUGAGACAAGUAAAGCAAACUUCAAGAAGGACUUCAGGAAUGAAUUCUCCAGAGUCCACAGGAUGCGUGAGAGUGACGAGGACAGUGAUUCAGACAGGUCGAAUGACUUUUGGGUUCAGUCUGCAAGACAGAUGUCAGACAGUGAUGAAGACAGCAUGUCCUCGCCUCUCAGUGACUGCAGCCAUGAAAUCAACGAUUCUGAUCAGCUUGUGGAGCGUAUUCUUUGCACAGAUAUCAGGAUGUGGAAAACUUUGUCUGGAAAAUGCAGCUUGAUUGUGAAGUGCAAUGACUCCAGUCCCAACACACUGUCACUGCUCUCACGGAUAGAGCUCACGCUGUCUGAAAACUCAGGACAAACUAGCAGUGACUGGAAAACCUUCAUACGAGCUUAUAACCGAUUCAAAGGGCUCUCUAUAAGUAGUCCUGCGUUUGACGAGACUGUGGACGCUCUGCUGUUGUCUCUGCACUCGGUGUCUGGUCUGAAAAAGGUGCAGUUGACGACGGACUGCCUGACAGAGAACUGGGUACCAAAGAUCCUCUCCCUGUGUCACACAUGUCCCAGCCUCCAUGAUGUCUGUUUGCAGGUGCACUCUGAUAAGAGAUACAGUGUGCUAAAUGUGUGUUCCUCUCUCAUCGUUAGCAAAAACAUCACAGACUCUACCUGUACAGUUGACAUUCGGUUGGCCGGUGAUAGCAUGAUUGAAAUAAUAUCCCCAUCAUUCGUUUCAUUCACAUCACCAUGUUCAGAGAUUUCUAAACUCGAUGGACUGGAGCUCUUUAAAACCCUUGACAUCCUUAAAGGUUUAGAGGAAAGCUGUUCAGAGCAUGAAGAGCUUGUGGGUAAUUUGAUGUCCAGCUUACUCUCAGUUUCUGGUCUGCGGAGAGUCGGACUCCAGAUCAGCAGUCUAACAGAGAACUGGGUGAGGAGGAUUCUGUUCUUAGUCGAAGUCUGUCCCAGUCUUCAAGAGAUCAGAUAUGACUGCAUUGAAAGUGGUGGCUUGUUGUUGGAGGAUGUCGUGAGGAUCCUCCAGAGCUCUCAGAUGGUUUCAGAUUGCAGGAUUAUCAUCACAGGGGUGAAGUGCAGUGAAACGAUGGAUGGGCGCAGUGAAGUCAUGAUAGACGCAUCCAAAUCAUCACCAGCCUGCGAUGAGAAAGUGAAGGUCACCUUCUGCAGGGACUCUCUCACGAGACUGUUCACAAUAGAUAACAUUGAGACAGAAAAUCACAAUGACGAUGACCCCGAGGACCCUGAUGAAGAAGACUUUAUCGUUCUUUAGAGAUUAUGGCAAAUUGGCAUAUUUUUAUCUUAUUUAGAGUGAAGGAGUUUUAAAUAAUCAGUGAAAAAUUGUAAAACUGGGUUAACUAUGGUUUAACUAUAUUGUAAGAUGAAAUUAAUCAGGAAAAAUCUAAACAUAG